GUUGGGACGCCGCGCCUUCAAGCACCGUUUCCCCGGCAACGGGGCCUGGGCGGCGUGUGAUUUGAGGGAGUCGGAUUCUUGGGUUAAAGUGAUGCCCCGGCCUAGUGACACUCUCUGGGAUAUAGCUGUGGCUCAAGUUUCAAAGAAAAACGAGGAGAAGGAAAAUGAAGAAGACCUGGAAGUCAAGGAAAGAUCUGUAUUCUUUUUGGGAAAUAAAAGUGGGGGAAAAACUACAAUUAUACUUCGAUUUCUUGACAGGGAUGAAAUCCCGAAGCCUACCUUAGCUUUGGAAUAUACUUUUGGAAGAAGAGCAAAAGGACAUAAUACUCCAAAGGACAUUGCUCAUUUUUGGGAACUAGGUGGUGGAACAUCAUUAUCUGAUCUUGCUCAGAUUCCAAUUACCAUUGACAGCAUAAGGACCCUUUCUAUUAUUUUGGUUCUGGACCUUUCCAAGCCCAAUGACCUAUGGCUAAGCAUGGAGAAAUUGCUGGAUGUGACAAAAAUCCAUAUUAACACAACAAUAAAUGAACUGGGCAAGAAAGAUUCUAUAAAUGUAAAUGACUUCAAGCAAAGGACCUGGAAAACAUUGCAGAGGAAUCACCCGGAUUGGGAACUAAUUGAUCCAUUUCCCAUUCCUCUUGUUAUAAUUGGGAGCAAAUAUGAUAUAUUUCAGGAUUUUGAAUCUGAAAAGAGGAAAGUAAUCUGCAAAACACUGCGCUUUGUGGCUCAUUAUUAUGGAGCUUCAUUGUUGUUUUUCAGCAAUAAAGUGGAAAACACAAUAUCUAAAUUGCGGACAAUCCUAAAUCAUUUGGCGUUUGGCACUGACAGAAGCAAAACAGUAUCUGUUGAGCACAAUAAGCCACUGUUUGUUCCAGCUGGUCUGGAUUCACUGAGUCUGAUUGGGCCUCCACCAGCUUCUGAAAUUGACUUGGGGAAGAUAAAUGCACGAAAUCCUAUUGAUCUAUGGAAGAAAGUUUAUGAGAGACUGUUUCCAUCUGAGAAUACCAGUGAACUGAAAUAUGUGGAAGAUCCCGCUAAGAACUCACAGUAUGCUGAACCUGAAGUGGACGCAAUGAGGACACAAAAGGAUCAGUUACUUCAUUUCACUUUGGAAGUUAGUCAUUUCAAGUGCUGCAUUUCAACUUCAAAGGUACAGAUUUAAUUUUUUUUGUCUGCUAAGGAACGCCCUACAGAACCAUACAUGAAAUCGAACUCUCAAUUUUCAGGAAUGCAAUCCCAACUUGCAUACUUUGAAGAGAGAGUCUUUUUUUCCAAAACUGUUUACUUGAUUUACCACUGUUGCUCUCUAAUAUUGUCUGCUAUGGUGCAUGUGUCUGUCAGAGCUGUGUCAGAUUUCACUAAGAUAAGUAAAUUGACUUGGCUUUGAUUAGGUAUAACACUGCUGUACAAGAAACCAAAGGGACUUCCUUGUGUCCUUUUGUAACCCAUUGCAUUAUCUCUUUGUAAUCCAUUAAAUGAAUUGUGUGUUUAACAGUGUACAUUAAUUUACAAGAAAAAUGCAACAUACAACCAGAUUGUAAAACAAGAUUCAUAGCUUUGAUAGAUCUAUAUCUGUCAGUGCUAUUUUCUAGAAUACUGAGAUAAGAAUGUAAUCUUCAGUUUUGAUAGAAAGUAGGAACAUGUACAUGAGACUUGAAAACUUCAUAUCAACAUUUAUUUCUGGCUAGAUUUAAGAUACAUCACUUAAACAAGUAUUUCAGCUUUAAUCCAGGAUCCAAAUUUGCUUAUAGUAAGAUCCUUCUUUCUAAAAGUACGACAAGAUGAUAAGAUGUAGAAGUAGGCAUUAAGUCCAUUGACUCUAGUCUACUGUUCAACAAAGAUUCUCAACUCCAUCUUCCUGUCUUUGUCCCAUAACUCUUGACAUAUUAUUGCUUAUUUCUUGCUUAUUCCCAUACUUUUGAGAUUUCAAGUGUAUUUAACUAGGCUACUGUAGUCAUUUUGAAAUUAUAUGAUGCAGGUUUAGAAUACAUUCUUAUUGUUUGAGAUCUAGGGGACUGAAGUAGAAAAACAACGUUUAACUUGAAUUUUAAGCAUUAUGAAGGCAAAAUGUGAUUUUUAAUUUCAUUUUAUAUUUGUUCUGUAUGUGUACCAGGGUGCCUAAGACACAAACCGAGUCACACAAAAAGUCAUAAUAGUCCAGAAGAAGGCAGGCAUUGUGUAGAUUCAGUCAGAGAAGAGAUCCUUAACAGCAGUAAUGUGUUAUUAGCUUCUGAUGCAGUUAGGACUGAGUGGGGUAGGAAGUGGGGGGAAUUACUGAGUUGCCCAGAAGAAAACUCUGGAAGCAAAAGGCUGUGAGGAAAGGCAUCCUACAAUUGUUGAAGAUAUGAGUUUAAAGAACCAUAUCUGGUCAAAUAUGAGCUGACUUAGCAGCUAGUUUAGGGGUCUCAGGAAUGUAAACUGAAAAUAGAGCAUUGAAUUAAUGCAGAAAUUUGCUUAAAUUAAACUGAUUUAAAGCAGUGUCAGCUGAACAAUGAUCUUUAGUGUAAAGUCAGGUCUGCCAUUCUAUUGAUGUUUGAGUAUCUAUAAAAUUAUUGUGGGUAUAAAAGGUUGAAUAUUUCUGGUACUUGUGUUAGGAAUGUUUUGAAUAGUUGUUCUAUAGUGUAACAUAGCCAGUGAUGUUCAAUAUCAUGUAAUAAACUUAUGUUAUUUUGUUAAAGUACUUUGGUCACUUGUGAACAGGUUCAGUGCCUGGCUACUACAGUAAACACAAAGAAAACAGGACUUACAGUCUGUCUCUUAAUCUAGUUACAUUUGCUUUAGGAUUUCAUGCACUACCUGUUCCUAUGUCACAGCCACUUCAGUUGCCAACCUAGACUGGGAUCAUGCUAGGCAUCCAGUUCAGAGAGCCUACUAGUACCUGUAAAAUCCCUACAAGGCCUCUUCUUGUUGAGCUUGUUGGGUAUGAGUUCCCUUUGUAACAGGUAAAGGCCUGCCUGGCUGGAACACAUCACCUGAGACUUUUAUAAAGCAUACCCAAGGGGCUUUCAUGGCACAGUGGUAGUGUCCCUGUUAAUAGACUAGAAGGCCUGAAUUCAGGUCCCACUUGCUUCAGAGGUGUGUAAUGAUAUCAGUGAACAGGGCGUUUGGAAAUAAAACACAGUCCCAACUUGGUGGUGGAGAAGUCACUCAGUUAUGCAUAAAAGCUAACUGCCCUCUUCGGCUACGACUGUGUCCGUGUGCCCUAAAAGAGGGAGCACGUGGUGUCCACCACUAUUAUCGAUGACUUUAAAAACAGGUAACACCACAGUGCUUUAUCUCCCUAUCCAACUUCAUUUUGAUGAGCUCUUUUCCCCUUUCCCUACAUCCCCUUCAUUUUUGAUAGUUUGCAUUGCUGUCAGCGGGACUUUGCAUGUAAUUAUGCAAAUAGGGGAGGCAAUGGCCUAGCAGUAUUAUCGUCAGACUGUCAAUCCAGAGACCCAGAUAAUAUUCUGGAGACCCCGUUCAAAUCCCACCUCGGCAGGUGGUGGAAUUUGAAUUCAUGAAAUAUCUGGGAUUAAGGAUCUAACGAUGCCCAUCAAUCCAUUGUCGAUUGUUAGAAAAACCCAUCUGGUUUACUAAUGUCCUUUAGGGAAGGAAACUGCCAUUCUUACCUGGUCUUGCCUACAUGUGACUCCAGAUCCACAAUGAUGUGGUUGAAUCUGAACUGCCCUCUAGGCAGUUUGGGGUGGGCAUUAAAUGCUGCCAAGCCAGCAUCACCCUCCUCUCAUUAAUGAAUAAAGGAAUAGCUACAUGAUUGAUUUACUUGUAGCGGUUAGUAUUUAAAAACAAAAUAAUGUCACAGCGAUUCAGUAAUGGGGACGGUCAAGGAACUGUGCAGUUGUUUAAGAGCACUUCUGGAUACCAAAAAUAAAGCAGAAUCAAUGGAUGGGGUUGUUUCUACUGCCUGCCCCUCUUCUGCGGCUACGUUCAUGCUCCGGUAUACGGCGGCACGGUGGCUCUUUGGUUUGCACUGCAGCCUCACAGCGCCAGGGACCCAGGUUCAAUUCCAACCUCGGGCGACUGUGUGGAGUUUGCACAUUCUCCCCGUGUCUGUGUGGGUUUCCUCCGGGUGCUCCGGUUUCCUCCCACAGUCCAAAGAUGUGCAUGCUAGCUGGAUUGGCCAUGCUAAAUUGCCCAUAGUGUUCAGGGGUGU